CACCACCACAUUUUACAAACCCUAGAAAGAGAAGAAACCGACGAAAAUGGAGCUAACACUGAAUCAGCUAAAGGAAUUCGAUGGAUCGGAUCCAUCUAAGCCAAUUUACGUAUCUGUAAGGGGUCGAAUCUUCGAUGUAACAACCGGAAAAUCAUUCUACGGUCCCGGCGGUCCUUACGCUCUCUUCUCCGGCAAAGAUGCUAGCAGAGCCCUCGCGAAGAUGAGUAAGAACGAAGAAGAUGUUUGUGCAUCUCUAGAUGGACUUUCGGCGAAGGAAAUCGGCGUUCUUGAUGAUUGGGAGAAGAAAUUUGAAGCUAAGUAUACUGUUGUUGGUAAGGUUGUAUCUUAAUUUCUGUUUAAAUUAACAAGAUUGUGAUCAAUUAUCAUAAACCUGUUUUAAUAAUUGGAUCCUUCUUCUCUGGUUGAUCGCAAUUUGUAGUAAUGGAAAUUGGAUCCUUCUUGAACUUGCUUUGUUGAAAAUUUGAAACCUUAUCAAUAAUAUGUUAAUGAAUCUGUUUAAUGUUUUUGGUUUUUGGAUUGAAUA